CGACUUCAUAUGAAAUGAAACGAAAACCGAAAUGUAAUCCCCAGAAAAGCAGGAAGAUGUUUUUCAACUCCAUACUUUAAAUUCCCUCUAAAAGAUGGCGGCAUGUCUACGGUGAUGUGCAUUGUCGAGCAUGACUUAUUAAAAGGGACAAAUUAAUCAACAGCUCAGGAACAAAAAGUAAAUAAAGGUCUCGUCAGCUCGGACACAUCCACACUCACUGUUAAACAUCUGAGGCACUUCCAUCUACAAAAUUUUCUCCCUACUUAUUUGGCCUCAUCAAAAUCAAGAUCUUCUAAUCAAGUGAAACUAAUAUUGCUGCCUUUAGCCCCAGGAUAUUUUUUUAAUUAGGAAUCAAUCAAAAUGGCAAGCCCUCAGUGGAAGAAUUUCCAGCCGUCAGCUCAAGAUCCUGCAACGCCUAGCUGCCAACGCUCUCCCACUUACAACAAAACAUCGAAUGAUGACUGCCCACGUAACAGCAAUAGCUCUAGUCCUAGUGGCGUUACUCCCAGAGAGACGGGAAUUGUUGAAAAGUUGCUGCAUUCAUAUGGUUUCAUCCAGUGUUGUGAGAGACAAGCACGACUUUUUUUCCAUUAUAGUCAGUUUUCUGGCAAUAUUGAACAUUUGAAGCUUGGUGAUGCUGUUGAAUUUGAAAUGACCUAUGAUCGACGAACUGGAAAGCCAAUUGCUAGUUCUGUUUGCAAAAUUACAUUUGAUGUUGGUGAAGUUAUGUGUGAAGAAAGAGUUCCAGGUUUUGUUACUACUGAAAUCAAAGAUAAUACUGAAGGUAGAAUUGCCUAUGAAAAUCGUGGGGAAUGCUUUUUCCUGCCUUAUUCUGCUGAUGAUGUAGAUUGUGCUGCAGAACUACAUCCUCAUGAUAAAGUUACAUUUAGAAUUGCUACUGAUAAAAAUACUGGAAACUUGAGAGCUCGUAACAUUCGAUUAGAAAAGCCAUUGCCAACUCGUUACCAAGGUGUAAUAUGCGCUCUCAAAGAAACAUUUGGAUUUAUUGAAAGAGCAGAUGUUGUUAAAGAAAUAUUUUUCCAUUCUAGUGAAUGUAAAGCUUUUAGAAAUCUUAACUUGGGUGAUGAUGUUGAGUUCAGCAUUCAAACACGAAAUGGAAAAGAAGUUGCUGUUAAUGUAGUUACAUUAACUCCUGGCACUGUGAUAUUUGAAGAUAUUAGCACUGAACCUUUAUCUGGGGAAAUAAUUGAAGCAUUGGAAAAAGGUAGAUCUCGCUCAACUGAUGCAAUGCCUGGAAAGAUUCGAUGUCAUCAGCAUGAAGAUGUUAUAUACCCUUUUGGAGAACGUGACCCAAAAGUUGAAUACACUCUUCAAGUUGGUGACUUGGUUCAAUUUAAUGUGGCAACUGAUCGAAGAGACAAUCUACAGCGAGCUACUAACAUUGAGCUUCUUGAAGACAGUCUGAACUUUACAAAAGAAAAACGGGAACAAGGCUUUGUAUCAGCUUUGAAAGAAACUUUUGGUUUCAUUACUUAUGGCCACAGAGAUGUCCGUUUAUAUUUUCGUUUAUGUGAAGUGAUAAAUCCUGAAAGCACAAUCAAAAUUCAUGAUGAAGUCGAAUUUACUGUUGUCCAGGAUCCUACAUCACCUGGUCGAAGCCAUGCAAUUAGAGUUAGAAUUUUGCCACCUGGAACUAUACAAAAUAGUCCUACAAUGAAUGGUUCAGCAAAAUCUGAUCAGCAUUAUAAUGAUGAUUAUACCUUAUUUGGGAUUGUGGAGAAAGAAGCUCAUUCUCGUUGGAACAAUGAUAGUCCACAAAAACCUAACAGAAAAUCUACAUUUGAAGAAAAUGGGGAUGAAAAUGUCAAUGAUGGCAUCAUUGUUUGCAAUAGAAAUGGAAUGAAAGAAAAAAUUUAUUUUUCUAAUGUUGAUUGUGAAUCACGAGGCUAUCCACGUAUAGGUGAUAAAGUUGAAUUUUUUAUUAUCAAUAAAGAUGAAAAAUUGUAUGCCACUCAUAUUAAAAUCGUACCUAAAGUUAGAAAUGGCUUCAAAUUCACACACAGAGGUUUCGUGGCAGCUCUGAAAGAUACAUUUGGAUUUAUUGAAACAGAAGAACAUGAUAAAGAAGUAUUUUUCCAUUAUAGUGUGUUUGAUGGAAAUGCUUCUUCAUUGGAAGUUGGACAAGAAGUAGAAUAUGGUGUGACCCACAAAGGCAAUAAAUAUAGUGCGGAAUGUGUUCGAAAAUUACCACCUAAUACCAUACCAAGGGAAGAUGUUCAACCAGAAAUCUUAAAUGGUGUUGUUAUUCAUCCACUUCGGUGCUUUAAUCCUGAUCAAGACCUUUAUCCAGGAAAAGUUCGUUUAGCGUCUCAUGCCGAGAACAUGGAUGAAGAUUUGGCUGAAUAUGAGUUUGGCAUUACUGGCUUGGAUGACAAACAUGAAUUUUUGCAAAAAGGUGAUGUAGUUCAAUUUCAGAUUGGCAUCACUAAAGAUGGAAAAGAACGUGCUGUUAAUAUCAAAGCCAUUCGAACAAGAAUCCAGGCUACCGUUGAUACCAUCAAAGGCAAUUUUGGAUUCUUGUCUUAUGAAGCUGAAGAAGGUAAAAAAUUGUUCUUUCAUAUGUCUGAAGUGAAAGGCGAUGGCAUUAUUCAAUCUGGAGACAAAGUGGAGUUCAUUGUUGUUCAUCAUCAGCGUACAGGAAAAUAUUCUGCAUGCAGCGUUGUGAAAGUUGGAGAGAGUCAGCCAAUGCAGCGACCUGAGAGAUUGAAUCGCUUGCGUACCAUUUCAGCUGAAGGUGGUGGACCACGAAUUAUCCUUAUUCGACAACCAAAAGGACCAGAUGGUUCAAAUGGUUUUAAAUUGCUCAGAACCGUGGAGAAAAUUGUUGAAGAAAAUCAUAUGAAUCCUAUCAAAGAUCUGAUUAAUGAAACAUGCUCAGCAAACAACGAAUUACGUAUAAAUGUAGAGUCAAACCCUAUUGUUUGCUCUCAGGGAUGAAAGCUUUUCUCCCUAUCAUUAAAUUACCAGUAAUACCAAACUUCUAAUUAUGUAAUAUUCCCUUCUAUUCAACCACACUAUGGGUAGAAUCAAACUUAAAGAAGAAACUACCUUUAGAGCUAAUCAUGAAACUUACAUUCCUUUUAAAGAAAUUAGAUUUCCUUUUCACUUGUUUUCGUGCUCCAAUUACAAUUUUGCAUUUCAUUUUGUAACUAUUUAUUACACACCUCUUGUUAUUGUAAAAAUAAGAGAAAAAAAAUUGCAGGUUGUGCAUUUGACAACAAGAGCAAGACAUAAUUUACUGUUGGUAUUCUGUCUUUGGACAAACUUAAUAUUCUUUUUCAUUUUGCCUUUCAAACACUUGUUAAACCAACAUCAAUUGCUGCCACCAACAAGUUUGAACAAAGGCAAUUCUGAGAUAAUUCCAAUUGGAGGAACAAAGUAACUAAGCAUUGCAGGGCCAGCACGCUUGAGCUUGACGCAUGUUUAUGGGCUUCUUGCCUAUUCACAAUCUGCUAUUCAAGUGAAUUGCAGUUAGAUUUUAUACCUACCUUUUUUUUUUUCUUUUCUUUUUUUUUAGACCAUGCAUUUAUAAGAGAAGCUUAUCUUUAUCUGUCUAUGCAUAAAGCAGUUCAAAAAAUCACCCUUAAUCAUGAGAACCUUUCCAGUAAUUCUUUUUUUACGACUUAACUGGAAAUGGUCUAAUUUUAUUCAAGAUGUUGUGAUCUUAAGUACUGGUAUGUGUUUGUAGGAAGAUGAUUUUAAUAAGCUAAGAAGCCACUAAACAUGUGCCUUAUAUUAUGUGAAUAAUUAUGAAAUAUUUCAACUACUUUGUAUUGAUGAACAACUAAAUUUUUGAGAGGAAUAAAAGAUAAGUGCUGGUA